AUGGCGGCGUUCUCGAAGAGGCUGUUGCGGCCCCCGGCUUGGGGCCGCCCUGUGGGACGGCGCGAGGGCAGCCUGGGCACCGAUGCCGGGUCUGCGGUGCGAGUGCGGUUUGCCCCUAGUCCCACAGGCUUCCUGCACCUGGGCGGGCUCCGCACAGCACUGUACAACUACAUCUUCGCCAAGAAGCACCAGGGCCGUUUCAUCCUGAGGCUGGAGGACACCGACCAGACCCGCCUCGUGCCCGGGGCAGCUGACAACAUCGAGGCCAUGCUCGAGUGGGCAGGCAUCCCCCCCGAUGAGAGCCCCCGCCGGGGCGGUCCUGCUGGGCCGUACCAGCAGUCCCAGCGCCUGGCACUGUACGCCCAGGCCACCGAGGCGCUGCUGGAGACUGGAGCUGCCUACCGCUGCUUCUGCUCGCCCCAGCGCCUGGAGCUGCUGAAGAAGGAGGCCUUGCGGAACCACCAGACACCCCGGUACGACAAUCGCUGCCGGGACUUGAGCCAGAACCAGGUGGCCCAGAAGCUGACCAAGAACCCCACUCCUGCCAUCCGCUUCCGCCUGGAAGAGGAGGUGCCUGCCUUCGAGGACCUGGUGUAUGGCUGGACUCGGCAUGAAGUGGCCAGCGUGGAGGGAGACCCGGUCAUCCUGAAGAGUGACGGCUUCCCCACGUACCACUUGGCCUGCGUGGUAGAUGACCAUCACAUGGGCAUCAGCCAUGUGCUACGGGGCUCCGAGUGGCUCGUGUCCACCUCCAAGCACCUGCUGCUCUACCGGGCCCUGGGCUGGCAGCCUCCUCGCUUUGCCCAUCUGCCCCUGCUGCUCAACAGAAAUGGCAGCAAGCUGUCCAAGAGACAGGGGGACAUCUUCCUGGAACACUUUGCGGCUGUGGGCUUCCUACCCGAGGCCCUGCUUGACAUCAUCACCAACUGUGGCUCAGGGUUCGCGGAGAACCAGAUGGGCAGGACCCUGCCGGAGCUGAUAGCACAGUUUGACCUGAGCCGGGUCAGCUGCCACUCGGCCCUGCUGGACCUGGAGAAGCUCCCAGAAUUCAACAGGGUGCACCUGCAGCGCCUGGUGAGCAGUGAGAGCCAGCGGCGACAGCUAGUGGGGAAGCUGCAGGCUCUGGUGGAGGCAGCGUUUGGCAGCCAGCUGCAGGACAGACGUGUGCUUGAGCCGGCCUACUUGGACAGGAUUAUGCUGCUGAGACAGGGUCACAUCUGCCGCCUGCAGGACUUAGUCUCCCCCUCCUACGCCUACCUGUGGACUCGUCCUACCGUGGGCCGAGCACAACUGGGGGCCAUCUCAGAGAAGGUAGACACAAUCGCCAAGCGGGUUCUGGGGCUUCUGGAAAGAUCUGGUGCAAGCUUAACCCAGGAGGCGCUGAGUGGAGAGCUGAGGAAGCUGUCAGAAGGUCUGGAAGGCACCAAGCACAGCAGUGUGAUGAAGCUCCUGCGUGUGGCCCUCAGUGGACAGCCGCAAGGACCCCCUGUAGCUGAGAUGAUGAUGUCCUUGGGACCUGAGGAAGUCCGGGAGCGAAUCCAGAAUGUACUCUCCAGCUAGAAGGAGCUGUGUGCCACAGAGGAGGGGCCCUGAGGAGCUCACUGCUGGGAUGCUGACUGCGUUUGGGGCAGGAGGAGGGCAGCCUGAGCCCCACCAGGAAGCUUGCUGCAGGAACCAAGAAGAGAAGUGGAAUCUUGGGCUGCACGCUUCAUGGCUGUCGCUCCAAGGCACUGGGCCAGGGAAGCCCAGAUCACCUCACCUCCUUGGCCCUGGGAAGGAAGUCUCUGUGGCUGGGGCUUAACCCUACAGUGCAUAUUCAAGGUUACAAGUUGGUUCAUGCCAGAGUUAGCAUCCACAAAUCCUCUAGACAACGUGGGCUGCCGGACCAACACACGUUGUCAUCCUCAUGGUCUGCAUGCUCUAAGUGCAAGACGCAGGUGUGCACAGGGCUGACCUCUGCCACUGAGAUGGCUCCCGGGACCUGUGGCUGACUGUCCCCUCACUGUGUCCUCAUUGGGUCUGUCUGUGCAUGUGUUCCUGACUGUUUCCUGUGUUUCCCCGUCUGCCAAGGACCUCGGACAGAUUAGAUUAGGGGGCCACCACCCAGCAACCUGUGGUAUCUUAAUCACCUCUUUACGGGCCUGGUCUCCAAACACAGUCUGGGAUACUGGUAGUCGGGCUUUGAUGGAAGGAUUCAGGCUAGGGGCCGGAGGGAGACUCAGAUCAGUCCAUCACAGUUCCACAGCAGUGUAGACUUCCCAGAUCCCAGUUCCAAGGAUCAGUCUGGACUGAGUGAAGUAAUGGGCUUGUAGCAGGCAGGGCUGACUGGACAUCAGUCUCUGGGCAGGUGUAACAGGAGUUUACUCAUUCACCAACUAUAAGCACUGCUGUCUUAGGAUGUGCUUUGUCCUGGGACCUUGGGCACCCAGGGCUCCUCAGCUUUAAAGGUCAUUUCUUCCUCUCGAUGUGGUCCUGGACUCAGAAACUGUUCGCUGUCCAGCAGUCAUGGCCUAGGUGCACAGAGCCGGUAAGAAUACAUGUGGCCUACUGACUGAUGGUCAAUAGCUGAAGUUUAUUAACAGCAUCAGACUUUUUUAAAGACAGGUGAUCAUGUAGGCAUCAGGGAGAGGGGCUUGAGGAAUUUACACUUCAACAAUAAGAAGAAGUCUCCUAAUACACAAUUUGUUCAUCUAGCAGGUUCCUCUCCUCAGUUUGUCAAUUCCUGUUCCCCUGCCUGGGGCGGGAAGUACCUCUCUUUGAUGUGUUAUCUAAACCUGCGGACUAUGGAGUUUCUUGCCUAUUCAUUUCAGUAUUAACUGCUCCCAGGGGCCUUCCCGGCAGAAUUGCAAACUAGCUCUGGCUCCACACUGGCAAGGAUUCCCAAUGUCCUCUCUAAUCAGUUGUUUUCCUACAGAUCUGGCCAGUUGUCCUCCUUCAGGGAACCUUUACCCUGCUCAUCAUGUCUUCUGCUUUAUUUUUCCUCUUCCUUCCUCCAUCACUCCUAAGCUGCAGUUUCUGCCAUGAAGUGUUCUUGGGGUCUUGGGUAAAUGGGGACAGCUCAAGUGAGCAGAGGAUGUUGGCUGGGUACAGGAAUCGCUCCCAGGCUUCAGGGCUUUCCCUGGUGGCAACUAAUCUCCAGCAAUCCCCACCUCCCACUGGUCAUACCCUCAUGCGCUUCCUUACCAUGCUUGGGAGAGUUGACUUGCAUAACGAGUAGGCUACUUGGAAAAUGAUAGAUCUUGACUUCUGAGCCUAGCUCAUAAACUACCUCAUGGCUACCAUCUUGUUCUCUCGGAUCCCUUACGAUGUGGGUGGCCAGCUUGUAGGUGGUGACAGAGCAGGCCUGUGUAAUAAGGACUGGAGGACCCUCUAGUCAGCAGCAGCCUUGUCAGUACAUCACCAUGGCAGCUGAUGUUCCGGGCUCAGCCAAGCAUCAGAUGACUGCAUUCCUGCCUGACCUUUUCCUUUGCUGUGACCUCCCUGAGAGACCCUGAGCCUGUUCCACCCAAUGAAGCUGGGUGUAAAUAUUUGUUGUGUUAAUCUGCUAGGUUUCGGGAUAAUUUGUUACCCAGCCACAGGUAACUAACAGACUGUCCUUGCCCGGGUGUAAGAGAGCAGGAUUGAAGAGUGGGUUGAGUCUUAGAAAACCCUAGUCUUUGCUUUACAAGGACACUGGACAAAGUUCUUUGAUUGCAAACAAUAGAAACCAACCCUGCCUCACCAACCCAGUUGACUGGAAAGUUUGAGAAAGCCAAAGAUUGAGAAAUCUGAAGAACCAGGUCUGGAAAAAGCCAGGAAGCAGGCCCCAGCGCUGAGAGCUGGUCCUGUCCGCGUCCCUCAGCAAGGUCAUGAGGACUCUGCUGGGGAUUUCUCUGGGUUUUCCCCUUCCCUUCUGGGUGAGCAAGCUGUUAAGAUUCAGAUUGUAAGGGGAGAGCUGGUGGUUGACUAAGGAUGCCUUACUGUGCCUCAGCCCAGUAAUGGGAUUAUAUCCAGGGGAGGAGAGGUGAUGUCCAAGGAAAACUGGGGGCUUUUUCUAGAAAAGGGGACCAUGGACCUCGGGGAAGAGUAUAGAAUAAGAAAAUUUGGGAUUUGGCACUCCCAUGAGCCUCGGUAGCCACGGGCAAGCAUUUCAGGUCGUCUUCUCUUCAAAUCCCACAACCCCAUGAGAAAGGAGUUUUGUUUGGUGGUAGUUUUAUUUUGUUUUUAAAUGAAGCCAGGCCAGGAUUCAAAUUUGGGCCUGUGACUAUCCAGAAUCCGUGGUCCACUCUUUACUGUCCAGUGGCAUCAGAGCUUCUGCUUUGAAGACAUGAAUAAACAUCAGUUACAAAACUGGCUUGUAGUCAGGGAAGAGUGGAUAUUUUUGAUGAAGUGCAGUGCUGAGGCAGGGUGCGUGUUGGCGUGGGACACCUGCCUCCCAUACCAGAGUACCUGAUACGCUCUCGUGUCUACCUUCCUACUAAAGCAGACCUUGCAGGAGGUUGGUAAUGACUCGAGAGUCCCUGUCACCGGAUGGGAGACCCAGAUGGAGUUCCUUGUUCUUGGUUCAUGGCUUGACCCAGUCCCAGCUGUUGUGGGCAUU